AGAAAUUUCUUUAGUCUCGAGUCGAAAAACCCUGGUGCAAAUUAUAGAUCCCCCUAUCUGGAAGAAAACUUGGGAUAUUCUGGUUCCUCCAAAAUUAAAAUUCUUCAUCUGGCAAUGUCUAAGAGUGAUUCUUCCAACUGUGGUAGCGCUUAAGUCUAGAGGGAUUAAUUGUCGUACCCGGUGCCCGGUUUGCUGGAGAAGUCCAGAAAGUAUUGAACACCUAUUCUUCAGAUGCCCCUUGGCCACCAGAUUGUGGUCGCUUAUGGGCCUAAAUGACUUCAUUGCCUCGGCCCCGACUGUGAAUUUCAGUCUCUGGUGGCGACAUGUUAUGCUUUCUGAGCACCCCCAAACCCAUGUUCUCCUGUACGUUUGCGUAUUGUGGAGAAUCUGGAAGUCUCGAAAUAAGGUGGUUUUUGAGUAUUUGCAACCUCAUGCCCAGUCUUUAGCUCGCCAAUGUUUUUUCCAAUUCCGUGAAGUCUCUUCUUCUCUUCCUCCUGCGCCUGCCCCUCCCCAUCAACCUCCAAGUUCUCGUCUUCCCUCCUGGGUCCCUCCUCCUGAUGAUUUUUUGAAGAUCAACUUUGAUGCUGCGGUUCGUGUUUCCGGUUGUUCGUCUGGUCUAGUAGUUCGUGGAGCAGACGGGCAUGUAGCUUUGGCAGUAGGGUUUCAGCACUUCGGCGUUACUGAUCCCUACCGCACGGAGCUUCUUGCUGCCAGAGACGCCAUCUCCAUGUUGGUCUCCAAGUCACUCCCUCGUGUCAUCAUCGAAGGUGACUCAGAAGUGGUGGUUCGUCAGCUUCGUCAGGGUGCUUCUUCUGAUCCCCUAGGAGGACCGGUGCUUCGGGAUUGCUUCAUUCUCCUUGCUUCUGUUUCUGUCUCCUUAGAAUUUAGGGCAGUGCCUCGGACUGCUAACAGGGUUGCCCAUAGAGUGGCGCAGAAAGCCCUGCUUCUUUCUCCUCUUGAGUUAUGUUCUUUCGACUUUGUUGGAUGGCUUCAUUGAUGUAAUAGUUUGGGAGGUGUUCUGGUAGUUUGUAUAGUUCUCUCUUUUGACAUUUCUUGGAAAAAAAAAACUCAUAACCAUAGUAUAAUGAGUGGGUGGUAGAGUCGUGUUGCAAAUGGUUUGGUCCGGUUCGAUGGAAAUUUUCCAAUAGUAGCAUCUUUGAAACUUUUUUUUUUUUACAAAAAUAGCACCCAGCCCAUAAAAAUUACAAAAAUAGUAUCAUUUUAAAGAAACCGCACCCUCCAGCUCCAGGUGCGUUUUUAUGUAUAAACCGCACCUUGGAGGUCCGUUUCGUGCCACAUCAUCCUGGGAACCGUACUAGGCAGGUGCGGUUUGUGUUUCCUCGCCUGCGACCUUGGAGAGCGUUGGAUGAGGCGGCGAUCCAAGGGCGGACCGCAUGCCACCUCAGUAAUCUGCGCCAUGGAUCGAAGACCGCAUCCUGCAGGUGCGGUCAGCCCCUCAAGAAACGCAGAACGCAUCG